AUGAAGUACUUCAACAUUUUACUGGUUCUCGGAUCAAUUAGUGUUGAAGCUGCAAGGCAUCCGAAACUCCCGCCGUAUCUUUUGGGACGUCCCACUGCAGACGGAUUUCUCAGGCAUGGAGAUCGGUUUGUGGCACAGGAAACCAAUACAGUUGGACUGAAACUAGACACAGUUUCACAGAAAGUCGACAACUUUGAUUCUGCAAACAGUGCCACUUACCAGCAGGUGUAUUUUCUUCUACGAAUGUUUUAAUUUACAGUUUUACAGAGAUAUUGGUACAACUCGAACUACACCCAGAACAAUAACAUUAUCUUUCUGAUGAUUCAGGGAGAAUCUCCGGCCACUGAUACGUGGAUCAGCAAUCCUAACUAUCAGUAUCUCCAAUGGGCAAAAUACUUUGGAGCCGAUGUAUUUCAGUUGGAGCACAGAUGUUUCGGACAGAGCAGACCUUACCCGUUGGGCUUUAUUAUCAUGUUCUUUGAAAAUUAUAUAAAGUUUCAGAGACACUUCAAUGCCCGGAAUCCAAGUGUGCACAAUGACUCAAGCGUUGGCUGACAUCCAUAACUUUAUCAAAUUGAUGAAUAGCCAACACAACUUUCGAAAUCCAAAGUGGAUCACGUUUGGAGGAUCUUAUCCAGGCACUUUGUCCGCUUUGUUCCGUCAAGAAUACCCGCAAGAUACCGUCGGAGCUGUGGCGAGUAGUGCUCCGUUGGACUGGACUCUCGACUUUUUUGGUCGGAAGCUUCUAAAACUUUAGAAAGGAAUGUUUGGUUUUGUAGAGUACGCAAUGGUUGUGGAAGACGUUUUGCUGCAAACUAGCACCGAUUGCUGGAAGAAUGUGAACGAUGCAUUCAAAAACAUGCAACAACUAAGUCUUUCUAGAAAGGGCAUGCAACAACUGAACAAUUAUUUCAAGUCAGUUUAAUUUUCCUUUUUUCAAACUUUACCAUGUUGCAUUCCAGCCUUCACCCACCAUUCAUCGAUGGAAAUUACACUCAACACGAUAUUGACAACUUCUUUGCCAACGUUUACAGUUUCUUCCAAGGUGUUGUUCAGUACACUUAUGACGGAAGAGUGAGUCAUUCAUCACAUUUGUAAUCAACUUUCAAGUUCAGAAUAGUGCUACUAUCGGUGGAUUGAACGUCAAGAAUUUGUGUGCUAAGAUGAACGACGUCAACGAGCCGGAUGUCAUUGUUCGCAUUAACAACACUAUCAACUGGGUACCGGAAUGAGAAAAGUAAAGUGUUUUCAAGUUUACAUUUAGAUAAAUCAACUGAAUAAUGAUCCAGUGGGUCCGUUCCAAAACUCAUAUGACGAUAUGAUGACGGUCCUCAAGAAUGCGACCUAUGACGAUGAAAGUCCAGUUCCUGGAGAUAUUGGUAUAUCCUGUACUACAAAUUUUUCUUUUUUACCUAAUAUAUUCCAGCUGCAAAUCGUGGUUGGAUGUGGUUGUGCUGCAAUGAGCUCGGAGCUCUUCAAACUACCGAUCAGGGCAGAAAUAUAUUCCAGCAGACAGUUACUCUUGGGUAAAAUGGAAUAGUGACAGCGAAAAAACUGUAAUUUACAUUUUUAUCAGAUAUUACAUUGACAUGUGCACUGAAAUGUUUGGGCCAGACGUCGACAUAAAAUUCAUUCGUGAUAACAACAUUGAAACCCUUUACAAAUAUGGAGGCGGUGACGGAUAUCACGCCACGAACGUUGUUCUUCCCAAUGGAUCCUUUGACCCAUGGCAUGUUCUUGGAACAAAUGUCACUAAUCUUGAGAAUCACGUGACACCACUUCUCAUCCAAGGUGACUAAAACACGUACUUUACAUAUAUGAAAGUGCCGUUUAUUUCAGGAGCCGCUCAUUGUUCGGACAUGUAUCCAACCUAUGCGGAUGAGCCUGUCGACUUGGCUCACAACAGAGAUAAAAUAUUCAGCGAACUCAAAUACUUUUUGGGACAAUGA